AUGAACCUUUUCUACCUUGUGUUUUUAGCGUUGCUGGUGGUCACUCUCAUCAACUACAUCAUGUCCCUUACUGCUGUGGUGCUGUUCUUCAUCUUCUACACAAAGCCUGAUGGAUGCUCCAUCAACAAGUUCUUCAUCAGCUUCAACAUGUUGUUCUGCCUGGUGGCCUCCUUCCUCUCUGUGCUGCCUAAAGUUCAGGAGUCGCAGACCCGUUCAGGUCUCCUGCAGUCCUCCAUCAUCACCCUGUACACCAUGUAUCUCACCUGGUCCGCCAUGACCAAUGAACCUGAUCGAGAGUGUAACCCCAGCCUGCUGAGCCUCUUCCAACAGAUAGCAGUGCCCACCCUGGCCCCUCUGGAGAUGGAGAACCAGACGGCGGUGCUGAUCCUUGGCCCGGACGCAGAGGAGCCCGCCCUUACGUCCCCUUACCUGCCGUGGUGGGACGCCCAGAGCAUCGUGGGGCUCGCCAUCUUUGUCCUCUGCAUCCUCUACUCAAGCAUUCGGUCGUCCAGCACCAGCCAGGUGAACAAGCUGACCAUGGCUUCCAAAGACUCGGCCAUCCUGGCGGAGGAGGGCAGCAGCUCCGACCUCUCCGAGGAGGCCCCGGUGCCCCGGAGGGUGGAGGACAACGAGCGGGACCUGGUGCAGUACAGCUACUCCUUCUUCCAUUUCAUGCUCUUCCUGGCCUCCCUAUACAUCAUGAUGACCCUCACCAACUGGUACAGCCCUGAUGCAGACUACACAGUGACCAGCAGCUGGCCAGCAGUGUGGGUGAAGAUCACCUCCAGCUGGGUGUGUUUGGCCCUGUACGUGUGGACCCUGGUGGCCCCCAUGAUCCUCACCAACAGAGACUUCAGCUGAGCAGCAUCUGUGGCUCUUUUUACACAAACUCUGACCACUUUGCCUACAUCUUACUUUCAAAAUGCACUUCAAAGUAUGCUUUGGGCUUGAGAUUAGUUUCACUAUUUAAAGGGGGCCUUAUUAUAAUAUCAUAGUGAUAUCACUAUUUAAUUCUCGUGCUUCUAUUGGCUAGCGCUCCAACACAUUCUGCAUGAUAGGCUAAGGGG